GUAUAUGGCACGCGCCCGAUUCUCUCUAUUGUAUUUUUCUCCAGCUUAGUUGUCAAGUGAAUGUAGAAACACGGGCGGUUUUAUGCGACCUGGCCCCUCUGUGGAUAUGGACUGGAAACAUUUUAAAUAACAGUCGCUCGAUAAGGAGAAAACAUGAAUAAAGGCUGGCUGGAGCUCGAGAGUGACCCAGGGUUGUUUACCCUUCUGGUAGAAGACUUUGGUGUAAAAGGUGUACAAGUUGAAGAAAUAUAUGAUCUACAAAGUAAAUGUCCAAGUCCAGUCUAUGGAUUCAUUUUCCUGUUCAAAUGGAUCGAGGAACGUCGUUCCAGGAGGAAAGUCAAUACUCUGGUGGAUGAGACAUCAGUCAUUGAUGAGGAGAUUGUAAAUGAUAUGUUCUUUGCUCAUCAGCUGAUACCAAAUUCAUGUGCUACUCAUGCCUUAUUGAGUGUCCUGCUCAAUUGUAGUGGCGUUGAACUAGGCACAACGCUGAGUCGAAUGAAAGCUUUCACUAAAGGCUUUAGUCCUGAGAGCAAAGGUUACGCAAUAGGAAAUGCUCCGGAGCUCGCCAGAGCACAUAACAGCCAUGCAAGGCCAGAGCCCAGGCAUCUUCCUGAAAAGCAGAAUGGGAUCAGUGCAGUGCGGACAAUGGAAGCCUUCCACUUUGUGAGCUACGUGCCUAUCAAAGAUCGCCUUUUUGAGCUUGAUGGACUUAAAGCAUACCCCAUUGACCACGGACCAUGGGGAGAGGAAGAGGAGUGGACAGAUAAAGCCAGGCGAGUAAUAAUGGAGAGGAUUGGACUGGCCACUGCUGGCGAGCCCUACCAUGACAUCCGCUUCAACUUGAUGGCUGUGGUGCCUGACCGCAGAAUGAAGUUUGAGUCCAAGCUAGAUAUUUUAAAGAGGAAUCGUCAGACAGUACUGGAGGGUCUACAAAAGGUCAGGAGGUCCACUCGCAGACCGAUGAUCCGGCUCACACAGCCAGAAAUUGUCCAGGAUAAGAAACAACAGGGGUCAACGUCGCCUGACAAGAACAUCCCUGACGUUAAAAAGGAGGCAGGGGUGGAACCAGUUACAUCCCAAGCUGGCGAUCAGGCUUCCUCAGAUUCUGUGGAUGAGUCAAUGGCCGGCUCUAAGGAAAAUCCUAGACCUGUGAACGACAAAGCAGACGGGAAACAAAUGGCUCCAAAUGGAGGAGCUGCUCAGCAAGCCUCCAACUCCAUAAUUCCACGGCUGCCCGCCUUCCUUGAUAACCACAAUUACGCAAAGUCUCCGAUGCAGGAAGAAGAGGAUCUCGCUGCUGGUGUUGGACGUACACGGCCUCCUCAGCCCUCAUACUCUGAUGAUGAAGAUGACUUUGAGGAUGAAGAAGAAGAAGUGACAGGUUCGGCCAGCGCAGCUACGAGGUUUAGACGGAAGGCCAGUCUGCGAUCAAGAACAGGACGUGUGACAACCGCAGUGGAAAGCCAGAUCGCCCUCAACGUCUUGGCAGAGAAGCUUAAGAAGGAAGUCCAAAAGAAAGACGCCCUGAAUACCCCCCUCUCUGUUCGCACUGAGGGCCGCACCGGAGGCAUUUCCAUCACCUCGGCCUCACAGCCCUCCCCCACUCCAAGCAACGAGAGCACCGACACAGCUUCUGAGAUUGGCAGCGCCUUUAACUCCCCGCUUCGCUCGCCGGCACGCUCACAGGCUGCCACGCGUCCGUCCAGUCCAGUAGCAUCCCAUCUGUCCCGCGUGCUGUUUGGGGAAGAUGAGCUGCUGAGACUUGACUCCAGACAUAACCGGGCUGUGCGUGAGCUGGGUCCCUCUGUCAGCGUGGCUCUGCUGCAUCUUAAAGAUGAUGGAGUCAUUUAUGCUCUCUCACCGUCUGUGGAUUCAGCUUCUGAGGCUGUAAAAGAACCCAGCCCUCAAGAGAGAAUUAAAGAUCCAAAAAGCCUUGUACCGGGAGACAAAAAAGUUGUGAAAGAGGAAGAUGAUGGUCCAGCUGUGGAGGUAAAAGUAGAGAGCAAAGAUGAGGCUGAAGAAAAGCCAAGCAAGGAGAAACUCAAAUCACCUGAGAGGUCAUCAGAAGGCAAACCCACCGGGGACAAGUACUCACCAAAAGAGCUGCUCGCACUUCUCAAAUGUGUGGAGGCUGACAUUGCCAACUAUGAAGUGUAUUUGAAGGAGGAGGUGGAGAAGAGAAAGAAGUACAAGAUCGACGACCAGCGACGAACCCAUAACUACGAUGAGUUUAUCUGCACAUUUAUAUCAAUGCUGGCCCAAGAAGGUAUGUUGGCGAGCCUGGUAGAGCAAAAUAUUUCAGUGCGUCGUCGCCAAGGAGUGAGCAUAGGACGACUGCACAAACAGAGAAAGCCUGAUCGCAGGAAACGCUCCCGGCCUUACAAAGCCAAGCGACAAUAAUCCCAGUAAUUUCUCCUGUGAGCUGGUUUCUGCGGUGAACACCAAUCACUAAGGACUCGUAUUUACGAAUGCAUUUUACAAAUUGCCUCCUCUUCUUAAAAAAAAUGUUUCAGUGUCUUAUUGUUUAUGUACAUAUAGAAGUUUCUCUGGACGUUUUAGUGUUGAUUAUUUUUUUCAUCUUUUUUUAAAUGGAAAAAAAUGACGUUCAUGAUAUUAUCUUUUUUUUUUAUAUAUAUAUUUCUCAUAUAUGGGUGGCUUAAGAUAAAGUACAUGCCAUCUUUAGCUUCAAUAACCUUAUCGAUAAUCCACUGAAGUGCUAAUAAUAGGCAUGUGAUGUCAAACAAAACUGAUUUGUUUGACCAUGUACCUUGUUGCACUGCCCAGUGAUCUGUUUAUGAUGGGGCCUGCUGUAACAGACAGUCAUUAGAGCUACUCUAGCUGGUUUCUGCAGCCCCAUACGCAACACACCGUCCUCCCAUAUGUGGCCAAAUAUCUUUUGAUCAAGACCAAAAUGCAAGAACCGUACGGUUGCCAAUUCUCCUACUCUGCCACUCAUCACUUUUCUUCCCCUUCACCACCUUCAGUAGCUGUUGAACGUUGCUGAUGGAGAACUUUUAGGGCACCCUGAAUGACAUUCCAUGAUCUCCCUUCUAACCAGAGAAAAAUAGGUUACACAAUACUCCUUUGUAUAUAUGUAAAUGUAAAACUGUGUGGUCUUUGUGCUUGCUUAUUCAUACGACAAUAAA